AUGCCACAACUCAGACUCUCGCUGGUCCAGCGACAAACGCCCCUGGCAGCAGCACACGCAGCAUCAGUCGCCACGCGCAGUUUCCUGUCCCAAAGACCGACCCGUCCUCCUCUUCCUUCGCCACAGAAUUCCCCCAGAGUAUCAGCAGCCGAAUCCCCCGCACCGGCGCCGCUCGACUCACCCGCCGCCUACACCAGCAUCAUCUCCCACGCCGCCUCACCCGCGACCCUCACCACCGCCGUCGACCGCACCGCCCAGGCGCAUCUCACCCACGCCGCCGCCUUCUUCGAGAAAGAUGCGCGCUUCCUGUACUCCGCCGCGCGGCCGCGGGACCACCCGCACAACCCACACGUGCCCGAGGUCGUCAUCCUCGGCGCCUCCAACGUCGGCAAGUCGACGCUGCUCAACGCGCUGAUCGGGCGGCGCGGCAUCGCCCGCACCAGCGCCCGCCCAGGGCACACGACGCUGAUGAACGCGUACGGGCUCGGUCCGCCUGCGCCGCUACCCCCUCGGCCCGAGGAGGAGUCCCGCAGCACCCCGCCGCCGCCGCCGCCGCCGCCGCGACAUGGCUUGGUGGUGGUUGACACGCCCGGCUACGGCUACCGCAGCCAGUCAACGUGGGGCGACUCCGUGGUGCGGUACCUCGGCGCGCGCACCGCCCUGCGCGGCGCCGUCGUCUUGCUGGCCGCGGAGAAGCGCCUGACCGCCGAGGAUCGCUGGCUGCUGGCCGCGCUGGCCGACGCCGACGUGCGCACCCUGGCGGUCCUGACCAAGGCGGACAAGGUGGCGGGAGGAGAAUGGGCAGCGCGGUGCGCGGACAAGGCGGAGGAGGUCCGGCGGGAGCUAAGGAAGGCGGAGCGCGGCGGGCGCAGCAUGGGAUGGCGCGAGGGCGAGGGCUGGUCGUCGGACGUGCUGGUGACGGCGGCGGGGCUGGCGCGCAUGGGCAAGGCGAGCAAUGCGGCGGGCAUGGGCGCGGUGCGCGCUGCCAUCUUGGACAUGGCGGGCGUGGCGCCGCUUGAGGAGCUCGCGGAUGAGCAGAAGCCGGAGAACAUUUCGUACACGGGCAAGGUGGUGUCCUUUGACGACAUCGUGUGGAAGUCCUGA